AUGCUGAGAACGAAGUACAUGCUGGUGAAGCUGUGUGUUCUGCUGCUUCUUUACGAACGUAAGUAUCGCGUCCUUCGCCUACUUCCCAUAGAAAUUGUCCCCAAUCGUUCGCAAAGAUCCUCGGCCAUAGUCCAUGCUCGACCAGCUAUUGAAAACAGAUCUUUGCAUAAAAAUCGAGAUCGAACGACAGACAAAUGUAAUCCAUUGCUAAAGGGCGGCGGAGGGGGGGGGGGAGAAGAAAAAAAAUUAUCGAUGACAGAUUUAUUACUGUCAACAAUCCGAGUCAAGGAGAGAAUCUGUGAAUAUCAAUUAUUCGUUUCAGGCGCAACGUGCCUCGUUAUCCCGGAGGAAUUGCCCACGAUACUUUCCCUGGUCUACUCAAACAUUCCGCCGAUAAAGAAAGGCGAUGUUGAGCGCCGCGAUGAAAGGAGAGCUCGGCCCGCUGGCUCAAGCGGUGGCCAAGUACCAACUGGAACGCAAAUUGCAGAAAGAAUCGGAGAAAUCGAAGAAGAUCAAGGGGCAGAAGUUGACAAAUACCGUGGCAGAGAACCUAAACCGUCCUCGGAACAUGUCUCCGCUGAAAGGGACGGUGUCCCUGAUAAGCCGACAGUGCAAAGGAUAGGUCAUCAGCCUCCGGAAUCAAAUGGCAAGGGAAACACAAUUUCCAACUUGAAGAAGUUGUACGAGUCGCAAAAUAACACGGAGACAGGCAAGAGAACCACUUAA